UUUGCCUUGGACUCUGAUUUAAUUCUACAUGAAGAGUCCAUGCUACUAUUCAUUUUCAUUUUUAUAUUGUUGGAAAUAAUAAUUAGUCUGUUUGAUUUUCUCCUAUUAACAGCACAAGAAGGACACCCUAAUGGCUACAUCCAGAAAUGUAAUACAAGCGAUCCAUUGCAUCAAAGUGGCUUUACCAUGGAGACUUCAGAUAAAAAGGCCUGCCAGUUUUAGCCAUGCCUGCUAUAAAAAUAUAUCCUCCGAUUUUGCUGCCAGAGCCCUUUCUGCAAACGCAGUGGAACUUCUUGGCCAUACUUAUCUCUCAGAUAAUUACAGUAAUGUUACCACGAAAAUUAUUUCCAAGGUGGGGAAAAACUUACACAACCAAAGGCAUCAUCCUUUGUGGUUGAUUAAGGAACGUGUGAAAGACCACUUCUACAAGCAGUACUUGGUACGUUCCCGGAACCCACUGUUUUCCGUGUAUGAUGAUUUGCCUCCUGUGGUCACAGUAGAACAAAACUUUGAUAGACUGCUUAUUCCACAAGACCAUCCGAGCAGGAAGAAAGGGGAUAACUACUACUUAAAUCAUACUCACAUGCUAAGAGCUCAUACAUCUGCCCACCAAUGGGAUUUGAUACAUGCUGGACUUGAUGCAUUUUUGGUUGUGGGAGAUGUUUAUCGUCGUGAUCAAGUUGAUAGCACCCAUUAUCCAGUCUUCCAUCAAAUGGAAGGAGUACGGCUCUUUUCCAGCCAUGAAGUAAGUCUGAUUUUUUUUCUCUGAUCAUUAAGAUAAGCUUGAAUUAAAAUAUUAUCUAGAAAAGCUUUCCCCAGUUUUACAAUCUAUUGCAGUGGUGGGUUCCGGAUCCCGUUCCAGUCGGUAUGAUUAGAAUGGGCCUGGCAGCAUCCAUAUGGAUGCACGCAGCGUGCGUGCACACACAUGCAGCACGCGUAUGCAUCUUAGCGCCUCCACAAGCUUCCGCGACGCUUCAGCUGCUCAGCAGAGCGGAGCGCAGGCGUUGUAUGCGCCAUGCGCAGAAGCGCAGAAGACUUAAAAGACCG